AUGGGAAAAUAUACAGCUGAUCCAAAAAUGCGACCAUCAGUGAUUGGACAUUUUUUCUCGAGAAUCGGUUCAAUGAGGCAUCGCAGCAAAAGCCCGCGAGAUCCAUCGUUGUACAUGUCAGAUGAUGCUGUUACUCCCUGUCCUACUCAGCCUACGUCUCCCACUUCUUCCAUCAAAAAUGGAACAAACGUUAAGGAUAGCGAGUUGAAUGCUAAAAACGAAUUGCACAUCUCACCACCACCGAAGCCAAAACGACAUUCAUCACCAUUUUUUCGUAUCAUUCAUCGUCUAUCAAUGAACCGUAAAACUCGUGAAGCAUCUUCCAUCGGCCGUGGUGCCCAUAAUUGUUCCCAACUCAGCCCGGACGAGCUCAACAGCAGCCACGAAACUAUUUUUUCAACUUCAACUCUCCCAACAACCUGCAAUUCUGGAGACGUCCUACCUAGGCCAACUGUGUCUGAGAAUGACCUGCGUCUUAUAACUCUACGAAAGGACCAAGAAAUGGAAAGGAGCGUAACUGCAUUAUCUAUGAACACAAGUAGUAUUCAUCCAGACGAUAACUGUGAUAUGAUCAUUCGUGUGCCAUCGUAUCUGCGUAUCAGCUGUGCUCUUAAUGGUUAUCGUCGUCCGUAUCGUCAUAUCGACGGAUCUCAUCGGCGGCAGAAUGCCAUGCCUAUGAAAUUACCGAUGAGUAUUGUUGAGACGCGUAAAUUAGCUUUCAGUCAGAAUGAUGGUCAGAAUAACAAUAACCAAAAAAGGUAUGUUUCUGCGGCAAUUUUUUAA